AUGGAGCCACUCCCCGGUAGACCGGGGAACUUGACCCCUGAAGAGGACGAGAAGCUGCGCAAGUUCUGGGAGAUGUUCUUGCAAGUAUGCGGCGUGCUUGGCGAAGAGGCAGCCGGUGAUGCUGACACAGCUUCUGAAUCUCAAGGGAAGGCAGGCGCUGCAGGAUCCGAAAAGCCUAAGAAGAAACGGAUGUCCCUUUUUAAGAAAAAGAAAGACAAGGAGAAUUCGACGGCUGCUAAAGUCGCUGCUAUGGAGAGCAUCAAGGAAAACGACCCGGAAGAUAAAUGGGGCGAAAACAAGGCUUACCUUGAUACUUUGGCGACGCACUCUCCAGAACAGAUAAGAGCCACAAUUUGGUCUAUGGUGAAGCACGAUAAUCCCGAUGCUCUUCUCCUACGAUUCUUAAGGGCUCGGAAAUGGAACUUGCAAAGGGCCCUUGUCAUGUUGAUGUCGACAAUGAAUUGGAGAUGUUCGGAGGCACGUGUCGAUGAGGAAAUAAUGGCAAAUGGCGAGGAAUUCGCUGCAAUUAACGAAAAGAGUGCCAGUGGGAAGGAAAAGAAAUUAGCAGAAGACUUUUUGGGCCAACUACGAAUGGGAAAGAGUCAUUGCUAUGGUACUGAUAAAGCGGGACGGCCCAUCUGCAUUGUACGGGCCCGCUUGCAUAAGGCUGGCGAACAGGACGAAGAGGGUCUCGAGCGAUUUACGGUUUAUUUGAUAGAGACGACCCGAUUCAUGUUGACACCCCCUGUUGACACCGCUUGUGUCCUUUUUGACUUGACGGGAUUUUCAUUGGCCAAUAUGGACUACACGCCAGUCAAAUUCAUGAUAAAAUGUUUCGAGGCCAAUUACCCCGAAAGUCUUGGUGUGGUUCUUGUCCACAAAGCUCCUUGGGUAUUCCAAGGCAUCUGGAAGAUCGUCAAGGGUUGGCUUGACCCUGUAGUAGCAAGCAAAGUGCACUUCACGAAUAACAUCAGGGAUUUAGAAGAGUUCGUUGCUAAGGAGAGAAUACCCGAAGAUUUAGAGGGCACAUCGGGUUACUCAUACACAUAUAAGGAGCCGAUACCAGGGGAGAACGCCAAGAUGAAGGAUAUUGAAACCAAGGAGAAGCUCCUCCAAGAACGCGAGGGGCUAUAUGAAGAGUAUGAGAGCAAGACGAUCGAGUGGAUCAACGAAACAAAUGCCACAAAGAGGGCGACUCUUCACUCGGAGCGGGACUCCAUCGCGAAGAACCUAAGGGAUCAGUACUGGCGGCUAGACCCCUAUAUCCGAUCAAGAUCUUUCUACGAUAGGGUAGGCGUUAUAAAGUUGGAUGGAAAAGUGGAUUAUUAUCCACCCAAGAUCGCUCCAGCUACCACUAAUGGGACCGCCGCGGCAUUGGCAGCAGGAGAGACAGCAGCCGAUGAUGUUGACUGA